AUGAAAGAAAAUAAUUGCAUUUUAGAUCAAGGGCGGAGACCUUGAUCAGUUUCGUUUGAUUAAAAGGGACGGGGGUGCCUAAAGUGGGUGAGAGGGCUGGCAGGAAGUGUGGCGUGCUCAGGAAUGAAGCGGGGAAGAGGUUCGGAACUGCACAAGACGGAAGUGUGGCAUCUCCCCAAGAGAAGCCGAAAAGCAGGGCAAGCCGAGCGAAAAGAGGAUGUGUGGCGAGACUGCGGCAGGGAAUGGAUUGGUUGUUGCACCGACCAGAGUGUGGCAUGUCCCCAAAACACUUUAAUCGCGCAUUUUAAAAGGCUGGUUCCCAGUUUUAGCUUCCUAAUUGCGUUGUACGAAAAAAAAUCCAGAGACAGGAAAUGGGAUUUUCUGCCAAGUAACGAGAACUUGGGGGGGGGUGCCUGUGGUCUUUUCUAUAGGUCUUGAAGUUUUACUCGGGCAAAGUAUUGAGGGUUUCACAAUGGCGGUGCUAAGAGCUACAGCGAUACCACUCUGUGCCCACAGCUAAUAAUAGUCUGCCGAAGCUUUUCGUGUUUACCCUAAGAUCAACCUGUACGUCACUUAUGUGAGAGGGAGCAUCGCUAUAAUGGUGCCAAGUUUGGGCGGAAGGCUUUGGGGACUACACCACUUCUCUCUUCAACCAUAGACUCACAGGAAGUGAAGCCCCAUCCUGAUUGGAGGGGGGAAAGCUUUUGUAGGUGUACAUUUCCUGUUUCCUAGCAACAAAAGGAAGUAUUUGUUGUUGCCCUAGACUCUGUGCCUUCUUAAAAUCCAAGUCAUUGGAUCCCAAGGAAGAAGGUUUUUGGGGGUAAUGACCCCUUCGCUUGAGGUGCCUUAGGGAGAAGCAGGGGACGCCUGAGGGGCCAAUCUUGCUCUUUGGGGUGCCAGAGGUGAACAAAAAGGGUUGGGCAGCAAGAGUUCCCCUCCCACGUUUUGUUUUUCCUUGCUUGUCUCGAACAAAUGAAUCCAUCGCUCUUUGAGAGGAAGACGACGAGAGUUUUGUAUGCCUGUCUGCCAGGAAACUGAGGCAACUACGUGGAACCUCUCUUCUACCUCAUGGCUGGAUUCUGAGUGAAGUUCGGAGUUCUUUUGCUCAUUCCCUACAACUGGAGCCUCUCAACAACUGUGAUAGAUGACUUGGUACCUCAAAUCCUAAGUCUAUCCAAAAUCUUAGGGGAGGGGGUUGCGAACCUCUCUGUUUCUUGAAGUAUGGUUGCUGACCCACUGCCUCUUCCUGCGACCUUGUAGAUCCAGACUCCUUGAAGCUUUGUCCAUUAUGCCUUAGUAUAGACAGACUGUACCUGCUCUCUACUAGUUCCUGGGUCAUUUGGGUGUCGAACCCCCACAAAUGCAUUUUUGCUGGAGCUUGUGGAUUGAACUCUUACGAAAUAAUUUUUUUAUUUCGUUCCACCUGGGGACCUGCAGUAGUUAAAACUAUCUGAUGUUAGAGUAUGACAUUUUUCAUCUUUUUAAGUUUGGCGUUAAGACCUUUUGUGAAGUGCAUCUGGAGUCUUUCCCUGAACAUGGAAUUUUGAGCACUGAAGUUAAGUCUCUGUACACUCAGGGUCCUUUUUCAGCAUCUUGUCUUUUGACUGUUUCAUCUUUCUGUCAUGAACUGAAAAUGGGACUUUUAAAAAUCUCUUGCGUCCUGGAGAUCUGUGCAUUUCACUUAUGGAAAAUCUAGGCUACAUGUUUAGUGGCUUGAACUCUGAAACAGCCUGUUCCAGUUUAGAAAAGUGACUCCAUCACCCCCAUAUUGCAUUUUUAAAUUUUAUUUUAAGCACAGUUCAAUAUGCCUGCCUCUUGGACUUUAUUCCCUGCCUUUUGGGGGAGGAAAUUCAUGUUGGUCUCUUGUGUUAGAGAAUUGUUGUGCUCAUCUGGGAUGUUCGGUAUAAUCUGAGAGGUCUUGGCAUCGGAACGUUUGGGGAAGAAAGAAGAACCCGACCUUGAGGCAACACAAUGGGACCGUGUUGCACCCCAGGACGCCCGGGGCCUCAUCUUUAAAAAAGCCAGCAGGACGUCGUCUUCUGACCUGAGCAAUGGCUGAAGGGGAUGCUGCCCUGACCUGCGAGGAGUCCGUCGGGCAGGAGGAACGCCCGUACAAGUGCAAGCAGUGCCCACGGAGCUACCGCCACGCUGGCAGCUUGGUGAACCACCGGCGCACCCACGAGGUGGGCCUCUUCUGCUGCCUUCUGUGCCGCAAGGAUUUCUCCAACCCUAUGGCUCUCAAGAGCCACCUGCGCACCCACACGGAAGAGAAGCGCUACAAAUGCCGGGGCUGCGGUCGCGGUUUCCGGGCCUUCUCCCAGCUUACCGGCCACCACUGCCCGGCCCAUGGCAACCGGGACCAGGAAGAGGAAGAGGGAAGUAACGGUGGGAGCUACACCUUCCAGAGGGGCCAGGACACUUCUUCAUCGGACGCUGAUACUUAUUCUGGGAUGGAAGGCAGCAGCGGGAACCUGCUGACCAACCUAGAGAAGUACAUUGCCGAAUCGGUGGUGCCCGCUGACUUUUCUCAGCUGGAGUUCCCAGUCAAGAUGGAAGUGGAAGCAGAGGAGCUUCUCCCGGCGCACCAAGGGGAGGAAGAGGAGGAGGAGGAAGAGGAGGCAGGGCUCAAGGCCGCCGUAGCGGAAGAGCGGCGCUACAAGUGCAACCAAUGUGACAAGGCCUACAAGCACGCCGGCAGCCUGACCAAUCACAAGCAGAGCCAUACGCUUGGCGUGUACCAGUGUGCCAUGUGCCACAAGGAGUUUUCCAACCUCAUGGCGCUCAAGAGCCACACUCGCCUCCAUUCGGAGUAUCGGCCCUACAAGUGCCGUUUUUGCCACAAAGCUUUCCGGCUGCCCUCUGAACUACUGAGCCAUCAAAAAGCCCACGACGAGGACGAGAGCAAGACAACGGGCCUGUCAGCCUGGGAAGGCUCGGAACACGGCAUUUGGGAGGAGGACUCCAUAGAGACCUUGGCAAAGCUGGAUAUUUAUCAGCCUCCGCCAGCGGGCACACACUUUGGAGACAGUGUCCCUUGUAGCCUGAAAGACACCUCCAAAGCAGGAGGUGGCGAACGUCGUAACCCAGACGGGGAGCUUUGUGUCCGCUGUGGUGAAACCUUUGCUGAUGACAGAGAGUUGAAAGGACACAGCUGUCUCUAUCCGGUUGAAGCCGAUGAAGAGGAGGAUGAAGGCAGCAGUCCCUCGCAACCAGCACCUGGUUCCAAUGGAGCCUGGGAAGCAAGCUUGAAAGGCGAGGAGGGUUAUCCCCUAUUUGAAGAACGGCCCUUCCGGUGCGGGGAUUGUGGCAGGACUUACCGCCAUGCAGGGAGCCUCAUCAAUCAUAAGAAGAGCCACCAGAUCGGGGUGUACAGCUGUACCGUCUGCUCGAAACAGCUUUACAACUUGGCUGCCUUGAAAAACCACUUGCGGGUCCACCUCAAAUCCAAGCUUGGCUCAUCAGCUCCGGAAGAAGCCUACCAGCGUGGGUCCGCCAUUUUGGACUCGCCAAGGCUGGAGGACGGCCACAGGGAUCUUGGAGACCGCAAUCUGCAGCCCCCAGAAGUCUGGAGAGGAGCCUCCUGCCCAAAGGAGGAAGAAGAAGAAAGGGGCGCUGGAGAGGAAGAGCGGCCUUACCGGUGUGGGGACUGCGGGAGGAGUUACAGGCACCGCGGCAGCCUUGUGAACCACCGUCACACCCACCAGACGGGGGUCUUCCAGUGCUCCAUUUGCCCCAAACAAUACUCCAACCUGAUGGCCCUCCGGAAUCAUGUACGUGUACACUUGCGGGCAGCCCGCAUGCGUGGCAGAGAGCAUGGGGUUGGCCUGACGUGCAGCAGUUGCGGAGAGAGCUUCGAGGAGGAGGCUGAGUUCCACUUCCAUCAGCUUCGCCACUUGCCAUAUACAGAAGACACAGAGGCAGCAGCGAUUUCCAAACUCGGAGUCUUUCACCCCCAGGAGGCAGAUCUUCUUCAGGCUAUAAGGCAAGAUGUGGAAGCUCUGGAGAACGGAGCAGCUGUGGCUGAGGAUGUCCUUCCUUCCUCGGAGAUGGUGCACGUCUGCCCCCAAUGCGGGAUGACUUUCGCCAGCGUAGUCGGCCUACAGGAUCACACCGCACAGCACAGAAGUGAAGGGGAAUGGCCAGAAGGGACGGCCGAGAGGACCGAGUCCCCCGUUCCUAUCCUGCGGCUCUACGGGUGCGAUCUGUGCGGCAAAUCAUACCGGCACUCAGGGAGCCUCAUCAACCACAAGCAGACCCACCAGACGGGUGACUUCAGCUGUUCACUCUGUGGCAAGCGCUUCCAAAACGUAGCCUCGCUGAAGAGCCACUUGCGUGGGCACCAGAAGCCCAGGCAGGUGCCGUCCGGGGUUUCAGUGCCUGCAAAUGAGGACGAGGAUGCUGAAGCUGAAGAUGGAGCCGCUGUGCCCGGGAUGCUGCUCUCAGGAGACGAGCUGAAAGAUAGCUCUGACGUUCUGGAAGAAGGUGCUGCAGUGAAUGGCUGGCAGUCUCAGUCGGAAGCUCCCUCACCGUUGCCAGGCGAUGCUGAGGUGCUCCCCUAUCCCUGUGAGCAGUGCGGGCUGGCCUUUGACCAGGUGAGCAGCUUGAUGAGCCAUAAGCAGACCCACCAGCUUGGCAUCUACCAGUGCUCCCUCUGCCCCAAAGAAUAUUCUAGUCUUCUGGCUCUGAAAAGCCACUUCCAUGGGCACGCCAAGGCCACAGCAUCCAGCCGGGGCAGCCCUGGCAGCGAUGGGAGUGCCGAGGAGCAGCCGUUUCUCUGCAGCCUCUGUGGCAUGAUUUUCCCCAGCGAGGAGGACCUUGAGCACCAUCAUAACCUCUCGCACGAAGAGGGCGAAACCCAGGGGGAUGAGCAGGAGGCGGCGCUGAAAAGGGAGGCAGAAGAACAGCUGGAUGUGGUGGGGGAUCAAGAAGAAGAACAGCUCCUCUCUCACAUCUGUGGCUAUUGUGGUCAGACAUUCGACGACAUGGCCAGCUUGGAAGAACACAGCGAGGGGCAUCAGGAGGAGAAGGCUGCGGCCUUGGCUGACACGUCCAUUCAACUCCGACGAGCCUCACGCCUAGAGGGGGACCAGCAAACUGCACCCCCGAUGGAAGUGUUGGCUGCUACCAGCGAAUCCCUGGACAACCGGCCUUAUGCCUGCAGUCAGUGCGGCAAAACUUACCGACAUGGUGGCAGCUUGGUCAAUCACAAAAAGAUCCACCAAAUUGGAGAUUACCAGUGUGGCUUCUGCUGCAGACAGUAUCCCAAUCUGUCUGCCUAUCGGAACCACCUCCGGAACCAUCCGAGAUGCAAGCUGAAUGGCAGCGUGCCGGAACUCCGGCAGCCAGUCCAUGCAGGAGGAGGGGGGGCAUCUUCUGGUUGUGAGACACCAAAGGAGGAGUCCCUUGAUGGGAAGAUUGUGGUGCAGCAAAAGGGAGAAGAUCUGCCAAAUACUUCCUCCCCCUCCUCCUCCUCCUCCUCUUCUCUCAUGUCUCCUGUUGUAGAGGAGAGAUCAGAAGAGGAAGUGUUGACUGCUAGCCAAUCAGCGAAUAGAGAUAUCCAGGUGUGUGACGUCUGUGGGGAGGCGUGUGAAGGGAAAGUACGACUGGAGGCCCAUCGGACCUUACAUUUUGCCCAAGAGGAUGGGAAAGAGGAGGAAGUGGCAGGCGAGGAAAAUGGUGGCCCUUGUGCAGAUGAGGAGGGCUCCCCUUUGGAGCGCCCCUUCCAAUGUGACAUUUGUGGGCGGAGCUACAAGCAUGCAGGCAGCCUGAUAAACCACAAGCAGACGCACAAGACGGGCCUUUUCCAUUGCGGUGUCUGCCAGAAGCAGUUCUAUAACCUCAUGGCCCUCAAGAAUCACAACCGCACACACUUUGAAACCAAGCGCUACCGGUGCCCUGAGUGCCCGAAGGCCUUCCGGCUCCAGAAGCAACUGGCCAGCCACCAGCAGGUGCACCGUGACCGGAAGCGGGAUCCCUCCUCUUAUCCUUCCAGGAGGCCCACUCAUGCUAAGCGGGCAGGCAAGGCCAAAAAUUCAGCCCAUUCUCUCAGUGCUGCCAAGCGCCGCCCGGAUCCCGAAGAGCGUCCUUUCCAGUGUGGGGAGUGUGGGCGCACGUACCGCCACGCAGGCAGCCUGCUCAACCAUCAGAAGAGUCACAAGACUGGACACUUUACUUGCACCCUGUGCUGUAAGGCCUAUCCCAAUCUCAUGUCUCUCAAGAACCACCAGCGCAUCCACUACGAAGUGAAACGCCACCAGUGUCUUGAUUGCGGCAAGGCCUUCAAGUGGCAACGGCAGCUUCUGAGGCACCAGCGCCGGCCCCACCCUUGCAGCCAGAGCCCUCCAGGACACAAGCAGGAGAGGGGCAAAGCUGUUUCUCCAAGGGAACAGGAGAGUGGCCCUGGAGAGGCUUCUCGUAGCUCUUUCCAGUGCCAGGCGUGCCCCCAACACUUUCCCAACCACGCUUUGCUAAAGAAACACAGCCGCACGCACACAAAGAAACGUUUUCUGUGCUCGGAGUGCGGCAAGGCUUACCGAGCCUCUAAGGGUCUCAUGCGCCAUUUGAGGAGACAUCAGUCCAAGGCGGCAGUGGAUGUUGCUGGAGAUCGUAGUGGCUCCUCCUCCUGCUUUGUGGCAGCCAACAAGCCGCUGGAGGAGCGGCCAUACAAGUGUAACAGUUGCGAGCGGACGUACCGCCACGCUGGCAGCCUCCUCAACCACAAGAAGGCGCACGCCACUGGCCUCUACCACUGCCCCACCUGCCAGAAGGAGUUCUACAACCUCCUGGCCCUCAAGAACCACCUUCACAUCCACAUGGACAAGAGACGCCACCGUUGCCCCCGUUGCGGCAAAGCUUUCCGGACCGCCCGGCGCUUGGCUGCCCAUGCCAAGGCCCAUAGCGGGCUGAAGGAAGAAGGGGCAUUUGCCUGCACUGUCUGCUCAAAGAAGUUCUUCCACCAGCUCAGCUUCCGGAAACACCAGUUGUUGCAUGCCAAGGACGAUGGGUGUCCCGCCACUGGGGACGGUGUCCCUGGGGAAGUGAGCUGAGAGGUUGUCAGCACACAUGUCUCCAUGUGUGCCAAGGAUUGUAUGACAGGGAGAUCAAAGUACAGGGAAAUUGGGAAGGCUGUGUGAGGAGCUGUCCCGAUCUGAACAAUUGUCCAUGCGUUGAAAAUACAACAACGAAGAGGGACAGUAUAUACGGGGCACAAAGGAGUGCAUCAGUGGGUGAAAAUAUAGAGGAAACUGGGUACAUGAUUCCCAUCCUCGUUAGAACAUCUAGUCAGAAGACACUUUUGAGGUGGGGGCAAACUUUCUCCCUUAAAGGAAUGUUGUACUGAGCACUCCAACCACACCCCCUUUGUGUCCCUUGAAAAUGCUUCCCCACAGCAACUCCUACCUUUUUUAGUCUUGGAUCCUGUUUUGAAAACUGAAUUUUAGCACCCUUGGAACCUUCCAAGCAUGUGCUUAAACUGCUUAUUGAUUUGAGUUUUCAAACUGUUUUUUAUACUUUUAAAAUCUGUUCUGAAAGUCAGAUGAAUAGCAAGUUCACGUUUAAGCCACGUAUGGUAUUUAAAUUCCUGGUUUUUAAAAAAAUAAAUAAUAACAAAAGUACUGUCCUAAAAGAAAAACAAACCGGCAGUUUGCUCAGUUUUAGUUGACGAACAAGAAUAAAACCAACACCUUUGGUGUGGAGUAACUCUUUUGAUUACUACCUCCUUAACUGGAAAAAUUGUAUACGUCUCCUUGGUGUGAAAGGAAGUUUUUCAAACGUUGAAAUUUAUAACUUUUGAUCUCUUUCAAAACAGGUUCUGAAAAAAGAAAUUGUCACUCAAAGAUUAUUGUGUUAAUUAGAAUUGAUUCCUAGAGGUGACUGAUGGAAAGCUUUGGGUUUAGGAGAGGGAACCUAAUUCUUCUUGGCAAAAUUGGAACUGGAACGCUCUUCUGAGCUAACGCGAGAGCACAGCCAAUGAAAAUUUCACCUCCUGAAAGCAAUUGGGCGAGUUCUUUAUAGUCCUAACCCUCAGGAAAAAAAGGUGGCUUUGCAGAUGCCAUCAUCUGUCAGUCCAUAUUUCCUCUACGGCCAUCUUCUCCAGCCUUGUGGCACAAGGACUAUCAGAUCUGUAGAGAAUUUGGCACGCCCCCACCUAAGGCCGUCUGCACCAGAGGAAGAAAGAGAAGAUACCAAAUGCAGGAACAAAAGUGCUUAAAGGAGGGAGGGGGAGACCUCAGGUGUGCAGAGAAGACAAUUUAUUGCCCAACACUUGUUCAGCUGUCAUAAGUCUCCCACAGGGAUGAUUCUCGGGGCCAAACAAAGCGCAGUGUUUUAUCAUGUAGUUGUGUAAAAUUCAUGUUUUCUUUAACCCAUUGAUGCUAUGGGAGGGCCCAAGCUAGAUCAGACCGGGGUGAGGGGGGAUUACCCCUUUGCCCUACUGUGGACUCAGUCAGAAUUCCCCGUCCCUUGCCAUGCCUGUUGCAGCAGGAAAGAACACACACGGCCCCUGUGCUGUCCGUUGGUUUAAAAAAGUGAACUGUGCAGUGCCACAGCUACAUGGCAAAUGUCACGUCUAGUUUGGCCCCGAGUCGGCUAUUUUGAGAUGUGUAGAGGAACUGAAUCUGGGUCAGGGUGCUGAAAAGUAUCAGGAUUGCAGCUGGUGUGUGUGUGUGGAGUGGAUGUCGCCCUUUUCCUCUGCCACCACCAUCCGGAGGAAAAUCCCUUCUCUCCAGAAGGCAUUUGCAGCAAUGACGGCUGGUGUCCUUUGAGGCUGGUUGGCGGGAAAUAGAGAGGCCGACAGUAGGUGGAGGCAGAGCCAACUCAUGCUGGUUGCGUCCCCAUCUUCCUUCCUGCUGAGUUCUAUAAUGGCAACACUGAGGCUACAGGAGAGGAGGCUGGCAGCCAGUGCAAUCCCCUGGACUGAGUGUAAGGCAGGCAGGUGGGGGCUGGCUGAGGGCAGACCAAGGCUGGUGGGGCAGCGCCCCAUUUGCCCUACUGGACCGGCUGAUUUCCAUCAAGGGCGGGGAAAAGAGCCUUCCAUGCCUAGUACAUCCCAGUAAUUAUCAGCUCUCCCACCCAGCUUGAUGAUAAACCUACAUCUUUAAUACAAAGGUUCAUUAUCAUCACAUCUAGUUCAGUUCAGAUCUAGUGGCCCCCAAGUCACCCCUGAGGUAGUGACACUUGAAGCUUCACAUUGUCUUCUGUGUCCCUUUUGAGGUCUCCUCCCCUUUUGUUCCUUCUGCCCUGGCAAAAAUGUGAUGGCGCUAAGGAGAAGAAUAGAUGCAGCCAGCCCUCUGCCGGCUGAAGCAAGCCCCUUUGUGUGAGGCUUGAGCGUGGGCCUUGAGAGAAGAAGCAAGGGCUUCUCUCAAGAGAACUUCUGGAAUAUUUUCUUGGCUUGAUCUCUUAAUCCCGUUGUUUUCAAUGAUAAAUUUUGGUUCUCUUCAAGGCUCAGAAUGGAUAACCAGACAUGCAGGACAGUCACCUGGUAGAUCGCUAUUGGGGCUGUACUGCGUCAGACUGCCGGUCAGGAAUUGUAUUCAGAUUCCUCCCUGCUUCUUGAAAACUAGCACAUCAAGAAGGUGGCCACACUAGACCUUUGCUCCCUAAUGUGCUAGUUUUCUAAAUACAGUAAGGGUUUUUUUUUAAAGCCUCCUCUCCACCACCACCCCGGUCUGAAGUGGUACAGUCCCAGCUGGGUACUACCAGGUGAUUAUGGUGAUUGCAUAGAUGGACUCUUACCCAUGUGAUCUAAAACUUGUAAAAGGUAUGGUCAUGUUUGUAGUGAUCAGCCAUUAAGAGCAUGGGGCAGGGGAUGGGGAAUCAUUUCUAAAGAAUCUUUUAUUUGAAACAAGAGGACUAGAAACUUGACUCUUGCCAGUCUUUCCUCUUCUGUUGGGGGUUGGCAUGGACAAAAGGUUCACUGCUGCUCCGAGGCCAACUCCAUGUUUUUCACAUCUAGGCAGAAUUUCUCAGCCCGUCACAGAUAAACCUGUGCACGGUGCAAAUGUCCGAGUGAAAGCCAUCCCAAUUCUUCAGUGACUCAGUUCAGAGAAAGAGUAGUCAUUUUUAAGUAGUUGAGAAUUCUCAAUUGUGAUGAACGUUUUAUAGAAUUUCUAACAUAGUUGGGUAAUAUUUUUUAUUGGGGCGGGCGGGACAUAUAUAUGUGUUUGUUUAUUUUGUCAGCUGAAACAUGCUUCUCCCUCCUCAGUUUUUAUUUUUAUGACACCCAAAUGUACUAAACUCUGAAGUUCUUCUAGUCCUGUUUUAUGCUGCUGUUUUCAACAACUGACAUUUUGGCUUAUGGUCAGCAAAGACCCAAUACGAUAUUAAAAUAAUUUUGUUCUGAUUUCUUGUUUUGAGAUGCUUCUCCCCCUAGCCCCUCUUCUUCCUCCUUAAAACAGUUCUCUAAAUAUCACCAGUAUGUACUUAAUGUGCACUUCACUGUGAACGUUGCUGGGGGAAAAAUUUUUUUAAGGGGGUGGUGGUGGAAACAAAACAUUUAAAACAUAAGAAACCAUUUUCCUUUCCUCACCUGCUCUAAUAUACUAGUUCUCAGUGUCCUUCCAGAGAUGAUGGGGCAACAUGCGGAGUCCUCCUCCUCCCUCUAUCUCCCCCCCCCCAUAGACACCCUACCCUGCGGGUUUUGCCCAGGUACUGUAAUAGGACAGAAUCAAUUUCUGAGGGUGUUUGGCGCCACCUGGUGGCCAUACCUGAUCUGUGAAACACUUAACAACUGCAAAUAAAUUGU